AACGGCGACCCCAAGUCGAGCUUGGCACGAGAGAUCGCCAAGUGCAUACCUUUGAGACGAGGGACAUGAAUCCACCGUUCAACUCGCAGCCGCCGGGCAGCCAAGGUGCCUUCCGCCCGUUCAACCCAGCACAGCAAGGCCAGAGCCAGCCGCCGCCUGCACCUGGUGGCUUCCAGCAGCCAAACUCGGCUGGCGCCCGCGGCCCACCACAACCUUUCAACCCGGCCGCGCCGCGAUCGUUUGGCGCUCCCGGUCAAGCGCCACCGCAGCAGUUUAGCGCUCCUGGUCAAGGACCUCCGCAGCAGUUCGGCGGCCCGCGUGGACCACCGCAGGUCGCAGCCCCGCAGCAGUAUGGUGCUCCCGCCCAAGGACCACCGCAGCAGUACAGCGGCCCUGCGCGCGGCCCGCCACAGAUGGGAGUGCCGCCUCCGCAGUUUGGUGCGGCGCCGCGAGGGCCCCCUCAAGUGGGCGCACCUGGCCCGGAUGCUGGCCUCAACAGCGCGUUCAACCGGAUGUCUGUGGGCUCAGCGGGUCCGCCUGGCCAAGGUCCUCCCGGUCCCAUGCAUCAAGGUCCUUCCGGUCCCAUGCAUCAAGGUGCUCCCGGUCCCAUGCAUCAAGGUCCUCCCGGUCCCAUGCAUCAAGGUCCUCCAGGCCCUAUGCAUCAAAGUCCCCCAGGCCCUAUGCAUCAAGGUCCCCCCGGUCCUAUGCACCAAGGCCCACCCAUGGCACGUGGCCCGCCUGGCCCAAUGGGGCAGGGGCGCUCCGAUGAACCAAGGUCCGCCUGGUCCGCCGGGGCAGUACCCGCAAGGGCAGUACCCACCGGCGCAACAGGGCGGGAUUCCGAGUGGUGACUUUCACCAGGGCGGGUAUGGCGCGCCCCAGCAAAUGCCGCCUCCAGGUGCCAUCUCGGAAGCGUCCUUGGCGGCGCAGUGCGACCCUCGCUUCAUGCGCAUGACGGUGAACGCGCUCCCGCACUCGCAAGAGUACGCAACCAAGUCGGCGCUUCCCAUGGGUGUCAUCAUCCAGCCCCUCGCCGAGCCAGAAGGCGGCAAGGAGCUGCCGGUGGUCAACUUUGGCGCGACGGGUGUUGUCCGCUGCAAGUCGUGCCGGACGUACAUCAACCCGUUCGUGCAGUGGGUCGACAAUGGCCGCCGGUGGCGCUGCAACCUCUGCGGCGUCUCCAACGACGUGCCGAGCUCGUACUUUUGCCAUUUGGGACCGGACGGACAGCGCCAAGACAAGGACGAGCGCCCGGAGCUGUGCGGCAGUGUCGAGAUCGUUGCAUCCUCCGAGUACAUGAUGCGACCGCCGACGCCGCCCGUCUACGUCUUUGUCAUUGACGUCUCGGCGCAGGCCAUUGCGAGUGGCAUGGUGCAAGUGGCUGCCGAAACAAUCCAGUCGCAGCUCGAUAGCCUUCCGGGCGAUCCGCGCACACGCUUUGGCCUGAUUACUUAUGACAGCGCGAUGAUGGUGGUCCCCGACAUCAACGAGCUCUUCAUUCCGAUCCCGGACGAGCUCCUCGUCAACCUCAGUGACUCGCGGGAUGUGAUCGAGAGCUUGCUGGAGAUGCUGCCGCGCAUGCACCAAGGCACGCGCAACCCCGACACGUGCUUGGGCCCGGCCAUCCGCGCCGCCUUCCGUCUCAUGACAUCGGUGGGCGGCAAGAUGCUGGUGUUCCAGAGCUCGCUCCCGACAGCGGGCCAGGGCGCGCUCAAGCACCGCGAAGAUACGCGUCUCCUUGGCACGGACAAGGAGCACAAUUUGCUCAACGCUGUCGACACGUUUUACCGCAAGAACGCGAUCGAGUUUUGCCGGCAGCAAGUCAGCGUCGACACGUUCCUCUUUGCGCCGCAGUACACGGACUUUGCGUCGCUCGGGUGCAUGUCCAAGUACUCGGCCGGCCAAGUGUUUUACUACCCGAAUUUCUCCGCACCCAGCGAUGGCGACAAGUUUGCCGCCGAAUUGCGGCACUGCUUGACGCGCGAGACGGGGUGGGAGGCCGUCAUGCGCGUCCGUGCGACCAAGGGCAUGCGCCUCUCCAACUUUUACGGCAACUCGUUCUUGCGCGGCCCGGACCUCCUCGCCCUCCCCAACGUCCAUCGCGACGCCGCCUUUGCGAUCGAGCUCGAGCACAACGACGCGCUCUUGACGGCCAGCGUCAUCUGCGUCCAGUCGGCGCUGCUCUACACCACGUCGUGUGGCGAGCGCCGUAUUCGCGUGCACACGCUCGCCGUGCCCGUCACCAAGCUGUACGCCGAAGUGUUUCGGUCCGUCGACGUCGACGCCAUGUGCAAUUUGAUCGCCAAGAACGCACUCGAGGUCGCGCUCAAGAGCGGGCUCAACACGGCGCGCACCAAGCUGCAGACGAUCGCGGCGGAUAUUGCGCGUGCAUACCGCACCAGCGGCGCGUACGGAGCCAACCCGAGCACGGGCUACCAGCUGCAGCUGCCCGAGUCGCUGCAGUUGCUGCCGCUGUACAUUAUGUCGCUCAUGAAGAACCCAGCGUUCCGUGGCGGCAACGAUAUCGGUUCGGACGAGCGCUCGGCGUGGCAGUAUACGCUCAACAACCUCUCGGUGACGCUGUCCCGGACGUUUAUUUACCCGCGCCUCUUUUCGCUCCUCGAGAUGCCCCAAGAAGCCGGCCUGCCAGUGGUCGAGGGCGAGCUUCCGCCAGGCGUGACGACGGCCGGUGCGCAAAAGAUUCAGCUGCCGCCGGUGGUCAACCUCUCGGUGGAUCGCCUCAACACGGAAGGCGCGUUCUUGCUCGACGACACGCCUCUUUGGCACCGACAACAUUGA